AUGGCAAUUCCCACUACCUCGCAGGCAAUGAUCAAGAGGAUGCUGCUAGCACUAGCUCAAAUAGAAGAAGUAAGAAAACGAGCUCGUGGCUUAGCACAAGGACCAACACAAACUAUGUCAGGAGGAGAAGAUGCACGUACCCGAACUGUACACAUAGACGCCGAGCGAAACAGAAGAAGGAGGCACAAGGACAGCAUUUCGAGGUUGAGGUCGUUGAUCCCAUUCAAAACGAAGGAUAAGUUAUCUGUGCUGCAAGGAGCAAUAGAUCACAUGCAAUACCUACAAAGAAGGGUAGCACAGUUAGAGAACAGCAAGGCAACAACAGAAGAAACGGCCGGCCCAGGAGCAGAGAUCGGGGCAAUCAAGACAGAACUUACAACCAGUGACGAUCGAGAUGAGUUGUCUGUGAAUGCUCUCGACGAUGAAGGAACUUUUGCCAUCCGGAUACAUAGAAGAAGACCACAGCGUCAGGACGUUAUGCUUCAGCUGCUCAACUACCUGUGGAGCUUAGGAUUGUCGGUCACGUCUAUAGACUCGGCAGUGACAGAGAAUAGCUUUCGAGCUGCUUUAGUAGCAAAACUAAGGAAUAACAGCAAUAGGAAAAUCCAGCCUACUGACAUUGAGACAUUUUUGAAUAAGCUCUUGAUUUGAGAGAACUCGGCUUUGAUGAAGAUCUGAUACUUCCAAGCCCACAACAAAUUUUGGUCGUUGUUUAGCAAUUCAAAGAGGUCCCGACUGUGCCCCAGGCAAAAUAACUAACACUGUAGUAAAGAGUAGAAUCGUGAGACAAACAUCUGGUUUUUCAUGACAAGAACUUACAGCAGUGCUCCCAAAAAAAUAAAUUUAGAGAGUGCUCUUGAGUGUCA